UUUAAUACAAAUAAGACGCAAAAAUUAAAAUGUAGUUAUUAAAUAAAUACAAUACAAAUAAAUAGGAAUUAUAUAUAAGUUAUAUCCAAGUAUUUAUUACCUAUAUAUCGAUUACAAUGUUUUCUUCAGGGAUUCCCCUCGUUGAAGGUUAUAACAAAUGACAUACUUGUAUCAAUUACCAUGUUGCAAAAUUCUACAUCAAGGGCUCCUUCGUCCUUAGAAGACGACUGUCUGAGUCCUGUGCAAACACAUGCCCUACAACUGGCUUUAAAAACAAUGAAUGAACGUUGUCAACAGUUACAACAAAGAUUGAUUUCUGUGGAAGAAGAAAACUUGAAGUUGAAGUCUCAACGUGAUAAGGAUUGUAAUUUGAGGACUGAUUAUGCUAAAAGGCCCUCGGAGUACGAGAUGCUCAAGGAUAAAGUCGAGGAAUUGAAUAGACAGAAGAACCAGUUGACGCAGCAUAUAAAUAUGGUUGCUACGGAGAAUAGGCAUUUGUGGACACGUUUGUCAAAGAUGACUAAGGAUAAUCACUCACUAAGUUCACAAUCGUCCAAACUACUAGACUCCAUUGAGCAACCAACGUCUAUACCCAAACCGCAAGCCCACCAUCACAUAAUCCGGUCCAAAACCUUUACCCAAUCAACCCCGAACCCCAAACUGUGCCCCAAAAUCUCCUCAGAGUCUGAUCUGAGUCUCGAAGAGAUUUCUUUAAAAUUAAUCAACAAUUUCAUACAAGACAAAUCAGUAUUAGAAGAACAAUAUGAGCAGAUGAUUGAAAUGCAUUCCGAUUUAGAAAGUGAUGAAGCCCCCUUGAAAAAUAUAGGCUUUUCGUAUAUUACUGAUGGUAAUGAUGAUUCUGGUGUAGCCCUGAGUCAGUGUACAGAUGGUUUUCGGGAUGUUAAGAGGCAAGUUUUGGAGCAGAAGAAUUGUUUGAACGAGAUGCUGAAUUUGCUGAGAAAUCAAAUUAAAGAUAAACCAGUAUGCACAAAAUGCCAAAAACCGAUCCCAGACCUCAACGCGACUCCAGAAAACGACUCCUUAUUCAAAGAAUGCCUUAACGAAACAAAAUGGGCCACACCGAUCUCAUCAACAUCCCAAAUGAUAGCAGAAGACCUUUCCCAAAAUCGUGGCCCUUCGAACCUUUUCAGGCCCAUAAGCGAAGACAACCUCAAAACCGACGACUGUAACGAUUCUGAAGAAAAUUACGAGACCAUGGUCUCCAAAAUUUGUCCGAUGUGUAAAAAGGAGUUUCCUGAAUACAAUUUGAACGAAUUGACUGAACAUGUUAAUGGCCAUUUUUCGGAAGGGAAUAAUAUGGCCAUUGAUUCGAAUUUUGAAAUCGUGACGCACACUGUUGGGAAUUUUUAAAUUGAGGUAAUAAUAGUUGUAGGAAAAUGUUUAAUUUUAUAUUUAAGGGGGGUAUUCUAGUG